GUAGACAGAAGCCGGGCGAGGGGAGAGAAGAAGUCUUGCGAGGGCGCGGCGGCGGCGGCGGCGGCACCACCACCACCACCGAGGGACCCUGUUGAGCUGGCGGCUCCUGCUCCUGCUCCUCCUCGGGAGAAGAGCGUUGCAAAAGGCAACGGACGGCAAGGAGCCACCUCGUCGGUCGGCUGGGCGAGGAGGACCGGCGAUCCGGCGUGCGCGCAGGGAGAGGAGGAGGAGGAGAAGGAAGAGGCGAGAGACCGCGCAGAGCCAGACUAGCGCUAUCCGGCGGCCAGUGGGCGGCUCCCGCCUCCGCACCCUCCCCCCCCCGGGCUCCACGGCCGAGAAAGGGCUGCCCCGCCCGGUUCCUCCUCCUCCCCCCCCUUCCCGGCUCUAGCUGGCCCAGGUGCCCAGCCCGAAGGAACCCCGGGAGGCUGCGAGAGGAACCGCCGCCGGCCCCGAUCCCGCGGGCGACUCGAUCAUCUCCCUGCUGGCGCAUCCUGAGCGGGCGGGCGCGGCGAGGCUGGCCAUGGCGGCGAUCCGCAAGAAGCUGGUGGUGGUGGGCGACGGGGCGUGCGGCAAGACGUGCCUGCUGAUCGUCUUCAGCAAGGACGAGUUCCCGGAGGUCUACGUGCCCACCGUCUUCGAGAACUACGUGGCCGACAUCGAGGUGGACAGCAAGCAGGUGGAGCUGGCCCUCUGGGACACGGCCGGCCAGGAGGACUACGACCGCCUCCGGCCGCUCUCCUACCCGGACACCGACGUGAUCCUCAUGUGCUUCUCGGUGGACAGCCCGGACUCCCUGGAGAACAUCCCGGAGAAGUGGGUGCCCGAGGUCAAGCACUUCUGCCCCAACGUGCCCAUCAUCCUGGUGGCCAACAAGAAGGACCUGCGCAACGACGAGCACGUCCGCAACGAGCUGGCCCGCAUGAAGCAGGAGCCCGUCCGCACCGAGGACGGCCGCGCCAUGGCCCUGCGCAUCCAGGCCUACGACUACUUGGAGUGCUCGGCCAAGACCAAGGAGGGCGUGCGGGAGGUCUUCGAGACCGCCACCCGGGCCGCCCUCCAGAAGCGCUACGGCACCCAGCACGGCUGCAUCAACUGCUGCAAGGUGCUCUAACCCCACCCCCACCCCCCGAGGGAGGGGGACGGACGGACGGACCCCAGGAGCGGCGGCGGCGGCGC